UCACCGCCAAACAGCCAAUCAGAUUCGACGCGUCGGUCACGUAAUUUAUCAGAAUCUCGAUUUUCGUCACCGUCAGUUUCCUUGGAAGCCUAUCUGGUCCGGAUGCGCUUUCGACGGCAAGGAAACUGUUGGAAUGGAAUUUUGCCGGGACCUCAUUAAUAAAGCGCCGAAAAACCAGAAGUAGUCAUGGCCUCGGUGAUAUUACAGGGGCUCGAGGUACAUUUUUACCUGCCAGACACACACCAGCUCAUUCAUCUGUCGGGAAGUUUCACAGCAGAGGAGCUGUGUGUUGAAGCUGCCAAGAAGUUGGGUAUAACACCGCUGUGUAGCAAUUUUUUCGCCCUUUAUGAUGACUUUAGCAAGAUCUGGUAUCCACCCAAUCACUCCUUCACUAUUGAUGAGACUACAAGAUUGAAGGUGUACUAUCGCAUGAGGUUCUAUUUUACGAACUGGCAUGGGACUUCUUCUCUCAACACAUGUCCUCCGGUGUUCAGACACAGUCUCAAGAAAGGGACGGGGUCCAUGGAGGCGGCUGUUCUGGACAGAGUUUCACUGACGUACCUCUACGCACAGAGCCAGCUUGACUUUCUGAGCGGUCUGGCGCCUCUGCGUAGUGCUUAUGAAGAGAACGACGUCCAGCAGAUAGAAAAUGAGUGUUUGGGUAUGGCAGUGAUGGCCAUCUCCCAUGAUUCUAUUGAAAAAAAUAUUCCUGUCUGCGAAUUUGAGUACAAGAAUUACAUCCCCAAGGUCCUGUACAAGUCCAUACGUCACAGGAACAUUCUCACUCGUAUGCGCAUCGCCAACGUCUUUAAAGUGUUCCUCGAGGAAUUCAACAGGAACACUGUGCAGGGCUACAACAUCAAAACCCAUAACCUGAAGGUCAAAUGUUUGUCCACUUUAGAGACUCUAACGAAGCACUUCGGCCAGGAGGUGUUUGAACCCUCUUCUCUCAUCAUACAUGAGAAUGAGCAAUUGAUCACAGACUCUAGCAGCGAUGCUGGUGUUCAUUACAAGAUCCUGGUGUCUGGCACUUCUGGCAUUCAUUGGUGUAAAGUCUCCACCGAGGCGAGUUCGGAUCCAUGGACCAAUCAGGAGAGACGUAAAUCAAAGAGAGACAGCAAGAAAUUGAGUAAAUUAGCAUCGCAUGAUGCAGAACCGGACAGAUGGACUCUCUUUUCAGACUUUAAUGAGAUAACGCAUCUUCUCAUCAAAUACUCUGUGGUUACCAUAUACAAACAGGACAACAAAAACAUGGAGCUGAAGCUGGCAUCCUACGAGGAGGCGUUGUCUUUUGCCUGUCUGGUAGAUGGAUACUUUAGGCUCACAGUAGAUGCUCAUCAUUUCCUCUGCAGGGAUGUGGCUCCCGUCUCACUGGAAAACAACAUACGAGAGGGCUGCCAUGGUCCAAUCAAUACAGAGUAUGCUAUCCAUAAACUCAAGCAGGAAGGUUAUGAAGAGGGCAUGUACCUGCUGCGCUGGAGCACUCAAGACUUCAAUCACAUUCUCUUGACUGUCAUUUGCAGCGAGCGCGAUUGUCAAGGCAGCAUCACCAAAACCUUCAAGAACUUUCAGAUUGAGGCGAACGCAGAGGGCUUCCUCCUGACCGGGACAGAUAUUGUAAAGCCCACUCUGAGAGAGCUGACGGACCACCUGAGUGGCCAGUGUCUCACAACAGAACACAUCAGCUUAAGACUUGAGCGUGGCUGUCCACCCCAACCCAAAGAGCAAUCCAACCUCAUCAUGAUGACCAGGCAAGAUUCAGCAUCGCCACACUCUUCCUUCAAUAAUGCAGUCAUCCAUAGGAUCCUCAGAAAUUACUUCACUCAGGAUGAACACCUGGGCCAAGGCACGUGCACAAACAUCUAUUUUGGGAAGCUGAAGCUGAAAAAUGAGGAUGAUGACGGUUCGUCAGGUCAUGAGGAGGUGGAUGUGGUUCUGAAGGUCCUGGCAGCAGGACACAUUUCUGCCUUCCUGGACACAGUCAGUGUAAUGCAGCACAUUUCUCAUAAAAACAUGGUUCUGAUGUAUGGCAUAUGUAUGCACAGCAUGGACAUCAUUAUGGUGGAGGAGUUUGUUCAGCACGGCCCUCUGGAUCUGUUCAUGAGAAAUCAUCGCUCUGAACUCUCGCCCUCCUGGAAGUUUCAGGUUGCGGAGCAGCUUUCCAGUGUCCUCAGUUAUUUGGAGGAUAAGAAGCUUGUUCAUGGCUAUGUCUGUGCUAAAAAUGUCCUGUUGAAGCUGAAUGGUUUAGAAGGACAAGGUGGUCCUUUCAUUAAACUGAGUGAUCCUGGGCUGUCCAUCGCUGUGCUCAGCCAAACAGAGUGCAUUGACAGGAUCCCCUGGAUCGCUCCGGAGUGUGUUAAAAACACCAAAGCGCUAAGCAUCGCUGCAGACAAGUGGGGGUUUGGGACCACGUUAUGGGAGAUCUGCUACAAUGGCGAGGUGCCUCUGCGUGAAAAGAAACUCUCAGAGAAAGAGCGGUUCUACGAGGUGUGUGGCACUCUGGUCACUCCCAGCAUCAGCGAACUGGCUGAACUGAUCUCACAGUGCAUGAACUAUGACCCCAAGAAGAGACCCUUCUUCAGAGCCAUAGUGAGAGAGCUGGGACGCAUCAAAGAGCAGCACGAGAAGGCACUUCCUCUUAUGGAGGCAAUUCCUCCGCAGGAGACUGAUCCUACAGAUUUUAAGAGAAGGUUUCUCAAGAAAAUCAGGAAACUUGGAGAGGGUAACUUUGGGAUGGUGGAACUGUGUCGGUAUGAUCCUAAAGGAGAUCAGACAGGUGAGAUGGUGGCUGUCAAAUCUCUGAAAACAGAAAAUGAGAGCAGCAACCUGUGGAAAGAGAUCAGCACCAUCAGAAACCUCUACCAUGAAAACAUCGUCAAAUACAAAGGCAUCUGCAACGAUGAAGGAGGAUCAAACAUCAAACUCAUUAUGGAGUACUUGCCCUCUGGCAGCCUGAAAGAAUACCUGCCCCGUAACAAAGCCAACAUCGAUCAGAAGAGACUGCUGCAUUAUGCUCUUCAGAUAUGUCAGGGUAUGGAGUACCUAGGGUCUCAAAACUACAUCCACAGGGAUCUGGCAGCGAGAAACAUCUUAGUGGAGAAUGAAUCACUUGUGAAGAUCGGGGACUUUGGCCUGACUAAGUGCAUCAGUAAUGAAAAGGAAUAUUACAAAGUGACAGAAGAACAGGACAGUCCUGUGUAUUGGUACGCUCCAGAAUGCCUGAUUAAUCGUAAGUUCUACAAGGCAUCCGAUGUCUGGUCUUUCGGGGUCACUCUCUUUGAAAUCAUGACCUACUGUGACCGGGAGCACAGCCCACCACAGGUAUUCCUUCAGACGAUUGGCCGGUCUCAAGGGCAGAUGACCAUGACCAGGCUGGUAGAAGCUCUUGAGAAAGGCUGGAGGAUGCCACGUCCGGAUUCGUGCCCUGAAAUGGUCUACAGUCUGAUGCGCAGUUGCUGGAGUCACGCACCAGAAAACAGAAUUGACUUUAAGGGUCUGAUAAAAGAGUUUGAGAAAUUGCUCACUAGGGACAGCAUGUAGCUUCCAUUCAUUAUAUCAGUUACACACGCAGAUUCAUUGAGUAACUUUCUCAUUAGAAUAAGAAAAUUAUGCAUGUUGCUUUCUCUUUAAAUCUUUGCCUGUUAAUCAUCUACCUCCAAAAACACUCUGCUAAUACAGUGUAUUCUUACUAGGUUAACACACCACUCAGCACUUGAAGCUGCAUCAAAUGUAAGGUCAGAUUUACUAAAAGCUUAAACCAAUACAAACGUUAUUGCAUACGCAUUUGUAGAAAUGUCCUUGCAAAAAAUAUGUUUUUAAAUUAAUCAUGCAACAAAAUUUACUUUAAGGUUUAGGGUAACAAAUUUAUUGUAUAUAUGCCAUUAUUUAAAGGUCCCCUGAAGUGCCUUGAAAAACGUAGCGUUUUUCUAUGUGACGUAAUUUCAACUGAAACAGGAAGACGGGGUAGGACACGUCCCCGCUCCCUUUUUAACAUAGCCAAUGGCGUUUUGUUUAUAUCUACUCUGGCCAGAGCCAUUGAACUAUGUGGUAAAGCCACAUUUGACAGCCACAGUCGAACAGAUUACCCCCUAGAUUCAACAUGAGCGUACGAUUCGCUCUGUGCGCCCCGUCCAAAACAGCAUACUUCCCUACUAUACAGUAUGCGAGGCGAGAGGUAUGUCUGAAUUCAUAGCGUUCAAAAAACAGUAGACGAGAAGUACCCGGAUGACAGAAAAUACCGUGAACCGCUUCAGCGUAUAUUUAUAGUGUAAGGGGCGGGUGCUUCAGAUUCAACAGAGCAUUUGAUUGGUCAGGCUAUUUAAUGACAAGCUGAAGUACAAGGUAACGUAAAAAAAAAAAAACGUUACGCCCUUUUGAUAGACGUAACGGAAAUUCAAGCGUUAAACGCUUAUAUCUCCUAAAUGCAAAUUUUGCCACUCUUUAUAUAUAUAUAACACAUUUGCUCAUAGAUACCUUUUAAGACCAAAAUUGAUAUUAACACCCCAAAAAUGUUAAUUAUUUUAAUUAUAGGGGGACUUUAAUGCUCCAAAUGCAUGUUUUAACCACUGAUCUAUAUAUAUUGAUAUCUAUUUUAGAUCAGCGUCAUGCAGGUUACAUGAUCAGAUUACUUAUUUCAAGUAACUAAUGCAAAAAAAGGCCUGUAAUGUAACGCAUUACUUUCCAUAAAAAGCAACAGAAUGUUGUAAUGGGUUACUUUUAAAAGUAACUUUCCCAAACCAAGUAGAUCAGUGGUUUUAACCCAUUCUGACAUGACACAAUAGUUACUAAUUUGCUUUGCUCUUGGUAGCCUGCAUUGGUUAUUACAGAAAUGAUCUGAAUGCAUCUUUGUUCUUUAAUUUGCUUAUUUUCAGUAAAUCACAGAACUUGCUAAUGCUAAUUCAUAAUUCAUGUAAACGCGUAUGAUUUACUUAAAGAUAAAAAAACACAGAGGUGGCUUAAUAUCACAGGGAGCAUAUUUGUUGUAUUUCCUGGAUAAUAUAUAUAUAGCUGGUUUUCUAUCAUCAGGCUGAAUGCUUGUAAGAAAGGUGGCACAAGCACAAAUGUGUUUCUCUUUUGCUGGUCAAGCAUGCUAUUUCAGUGAAGCAAAAUACCAUACUUGCUUUAUCGGGGUAACGACUGAUGAACUGUUAAUAUCUCUGUUAUCAGUGCCACAAUGGACAACCGAACCAUAGCCAAAACAAUAAGAGUACAUUUACACGGUGAGCACCUGAUGGUGGAAAAGAGGCUUAAGCCAGACAAGAAAGAUAGAUCGAAUAAAACGGAAGGUGCAUUUUAUUGAGUCGUACUGUUAUAUUCAGCUGAUUUUACUGUAAACUUUUUAAUCAUAAAAAAAUAAAAAUAAAUGAAACCGUU